AUGCAUAAAUCACCACUCGAUAAUCCAUCCUCAACGGGUUCGGCUUCGAGUCAGGAACGUCAAAGGAGGCCACUCAUUAGCGGUCCUCAAACGAAUGUCCAUCAGCCUGUGGGAAUGCAGCAAACGAAUGUACCGAUUCAAGCAAUACGCCCAAAUAUACAACAGGCUUCUAACACCCAACAAAAUACUUUACAACAG